UAUAUCCUGCGGUCUCGAUAUCGUGGGCCCGCUGGGGCUACUCCGCUAAUAACAAACAUCGCGAGUGGGGAAAGGCGGCAUGUAAUUACACCAGACGCUGUGCCGCUUAUUCGUGAGACCGUUGGACCUGAACAUUUUACAUUUGCGAAUCCGCACCCCAACGGUGUACAUGGGCUGCGUGACAUUCCCACCUGUUUGAGUUUCAUUUGCACCAUUCAGUUGGGCCGUCGGGAAUAUGUCGCUCGGCUGUGAGCACUCGCAAGGUUGCCAAUCCUGGAAGGAACACGACCGACCUACUUACAAGACCAGCCGUUCUCGACAUGAUGUCAAAGGAACUCGCCUAGCUAGGUAUUUACCUAACAGAGGGACCAUGAUCGGGUGGACUGUCAAUGUGCAUCCCGUGACAAAAAAGCCUUCGUCCGCCUCUAGCAGCCAGGGGCAGCCACAAUGUCUGAAGACGGGAACCAACUGCAUCUCGUCCGAGAUGCAACCACCGACGGAGCCACUAUUCUUGUGCGCAUGCUUGCCGAUGGUGGUGUUCCCACGGCGAUCGGGGGGAUCAUAGCGGCCACCCACUACGGCGGGGGACUCUGUCCAUUGGAUAUCGAGUUGAUUGUAAACGGCGCCGAUCAAGAAAGGGCAUUCAACAUCCUAACCUCGCACGGCGCGCGGCCCUCCGUCCCCGAAGACCCCGAGCAGCAGCAGCAGCAGCAGCAGCAGCAGCAGCAGCAGCCGGCCACGUUCCAGCAAUGGCGGGAGCGUGCCCCGUACUACCGGUUCGGCGACCGGCGACGGAUGCGGCUCUGCUGUGUCCCCAUCUACGAGCUCCCCGAGACCGGAGACCCCGUCGACGACGCGCUGCGCCCGUUCGUCAUCCUGUAUUCGGCCGAGACCGUGGGACUUCCCGGGCUCCGUCUCACAGGCAGAGGCUCAGGGGAAACGGCGGCGGCGGCGGCGUCGGAAUGCGGAUCGUCGUACACGCCCAUAUCCUCCAUCGUGACGGCGUACAGGGCGACCAGUACGUGUCUCGUGCCGACAUUUCGGUGCCUCGUGGCGGCGGAGAUGCAUGUUCUUCUGCGCCAUGCAGAUUAUCAGUCGCUCCCGUGGGGCCAGCACGCCGCUCAGCUGUCGGAGCUUUUGCGGUCGCCGAGCUGCCCGGGAGGGUAUGAUAGCCUGCCGGAGCUGGUGAAUCCGGAGCUUGCGCGGUUUGCGGACUGGAUGAGGUUGUACUUGCGUGAUGGUUCGGUCGAUGGGGAUCUCGGUCAGUUGAAGGAGGCGUAUUGCAGGAGGAUGACCAGUAGCCAGGAUACGACGGACCACAGUUCAUGUAUGAGCUGAUAUAUGCUGGUUAUCUACCUUAGCCUGAGGCACUCGGGCGGUAGGAAGCAUAGUACCGUGUGCGAUUAUAGACCAUUUACGACAUGAAAGGCUCUCUAGUUGCUCAAAACUUUCCAUAUAUGCAAGACCACGCUCUCGGCCACCUAGUACCUAGUUGCCCGAGAUCUCUCCCAUAAGGAAAAGCCCG